GUCGACGGAACACGCAAUUCUGGGUAUAAAUAUACUUCCGGUUCCUUAACAAUUUCUUUCCUGUCAGCGGCCUCCAGUAAGAUGGCUGUGCAAAUCUCAAAGAAGAGGAAGUUUGUCGCGGACGGAAUCUUCAAAGCCGAGCUGAACGAGUUCUUGACGCGCGAGCUUGCCGAGGAUGGGUAUUCCGGUGUGGAGGUGCGUGUGACCCCGACCAGGACCGAGAUCAUAAUCCUGGCCACAAGGACCCAGAAUGUUCUGGGAGAGAAGGGCCGUCGCAUCCGGGAGCUGACCGCUGUUGUUCAGAAGAGGUUUGGCUUCCCUGAAGGCAACGUGGAGCUGUAUGCUGAGAAGGUUGCAACACGUGGUCUCUGUGCCAUUGCUCAGGCUGAGUCCCUGCGCUACAAGUUGCUGGGAGGACUGGCUGUACGUAGGGCUUGCUAUGGUGUGCUGAGGUUCAUCAUGGAGAGUGGCUCUAAGGGUUGUGAAGUGGUAGUUUCUGGGAAACUGAGGGGUCAGAGGGCCAAGUCAAUGAAAUUUGUUGACGGCCUGAUGAUCCACAGUGGAGACCCAGUCAACUACUACGUAGACACUGCUGUACGCCACGUCCUGCUCCGACAGGGUGUGCUGGGCAUCAAGGUGAAGAUCAUGUUACCAUGGGACCCCAGUGGUAAGAUCGGCCCCAAGAAGCCUCUGCCAGACCAUGUGAGCAUUGUGGAGCCCAAAGACGAGACUAUCCCCUCCACCCCUGUGUCUGAGCAGAAGGGGGCCAAGCCAGAGGCCCCAGCAGCCAUGCCACCAACUCCUGUACCCACCGCAUAGACAGGUGUCAAACAUUUGUUCAGAUGGAAGCAGGAUCCUGAAUUUUCUUUCUGUACAAAAAUAAAACCUGGAAAAUACA